AUGGAGGAGUCCUCGGUGUCCAUCGACGAGGUGUCGUCGCUAACCGUACCCAAGCUCAAGGCAGAGCUCACGAGGCUGAACCAGCCUGUCGGAGGGCUCAAGAGGAAGGCUCAGCUAGUCGAAGCGCUCACCGCGUACAUUGAGAAACAGCAACAAGACGGGGGCACGGAAGGAAGCGGACAGGGAAAAGAAGCCGAAAACGCCCCCGCUGCUGGCGAAACCUCCCCAACCCCCGAGGCGGCGGCGGCGGCGGUGCAGCCGCAAGAGAAAGACACAGCCGAGGAGAACCCGGAGACUGAGCCACCUGUCCAAGAGGAGCCGGUCGCUGCGGACGAGGAGGUGGCGCCGAUGGACGUCGCGGCAGACAGCGGCACAGCAGAAGCGGACACACCAUCGGCGCAGCAGGAAGAACCGGCGGUGGCGGGAGCUGAUAACGGCAGCAGCAGCGCCGCAGCGGCGGACGAAUCUGCGCAGAAAGAGGAAGGCCCGGUGGCGGCCGGUGCCCAAGUAGCUGAGCCAACCGCGGCAGACGCAUCCCCGGCUGAAACUCCCACCCGCAGGGGGCGAAAGCGCUCGGCCCGUACGGACGACAUCGAGGCAGCUCCGGCCGAGCAGCCCAACCCUUCCAGUGGGGGCGACGAAGGGAAAGAAGCCGGGGACAAGGCCGAGGAACAGUUGCCCAAGCGUAAGCAGUCUUUGCCGGCGUCGCCGGCUGCGAAGCGAAAGAAGGUUUCGGGCGGAGGUGUUGCUGCUGCUGCUGCUGCGGAACCGGACCCGGCUGCGGCGGUUAAGGUCAAGGGCACCGCCUCGGCGGCACCGGAAGAGAUUACGCCGCCGGAGCAGCGGGAGAAGGAGCAGCAGGAGACACAGGGGAACGGAAACGGUAGCGCCAAGGCAGCGGAGGAAACGGCGGCACCCGCGGCCGACCCGAUGGACGAAGAGGAACAAGCAGCGCCUUCUUCCGAGCCUGGGCGCGCUGACGCUUCCGCUCCCGAGACUGCCAGUACCACCGCCGCCGCUGAAACUGCCGGAGAUCAGUCGGCUCCCGGUGACGGAGUGGAGGGUGAGGGAGACGAGGUGGUGGCGGAUCCGGUGACGAUUCGGGUGGAUAACUUCGUGCGCCCGUUCACCGCCCAACAGGCGAAGAAGCUGCUGGAAGAGAAGGCCGAAGCACCCGUCAUGGAAGGUGGAUUCUGGAUGGACGGCAUCAAGACGCACUGCUACGCCACGUUCGACGGCAAGGAGGCGGCCGAGAGAGCGAUGGCGGCACUGCAGGGCUUGCAGUGGCCCGCCCAGAGCUUCAAGCGGCUUGAGGCGACGCUGGGAGACAUGUCGGCGGAGGAGGCGCGAGCGCGGGAUGGGUCCAAGCGCUCCAACCGACCUUUCCCCGGCAUGGACCGUCCCGCCCGCGUCCUGGGACCCCGCGUCACCCCCACCGCGGAAGCGAAGAGCUCACCGGAAGGCGGCGGCCAGGCUAAUGGCAGCGGCGCCCACGCCACUGACGAAUCAUCGGCGGUGGCCGGCGGCAGCACCGCUCGCGUGCGGGGGAGGGGAUCGGUGCAGGCCCCGGGCGUUGCUGGGUCUAGGGGAGGCGUGCUGGCGGCGAACGUGGAGGCCGAGGUCGGGAGGAGCAGGGGGCAGGACCGAGGGGGGCUCCAACAGCCGCAGCAAGGGCCGGAAGAAGAGGCCGAGCCGAUCAUCCUGGACGACAUGUUCAGGAAAACCGACGCUAAGCCUUCGCUCUACUGGCUACCGCUCUCAGAGGAAGAGGUGGGUCUGCGGAAAAAGAAGAUGGAGGAGGAUGGCGUGGGCCCCCGAACAACCCCCAUGCCCGCCGAGCACAUCGAAGCUGCCAUCAAAGGAGGAGGCGGAGGACGGGGAAGCGGCGGCGGCGGAGGUUGGGGCGGGGGCAGGAGGGGGUUCGGGGGUGGCGGCUCCGGUCCUUCGCGCGCUGGUGGGGGGUACGGUGGCGGUGGAGGGGCGGGGUACUACGGGCGAGCCGGGGGCGGGGGGAGGCGCAGAUAGGCUUUUUCACUAGGCAUGGUAUGAUCGCCGUAGCGAUGGUGCGUCGCGACGGAAGUUUUUGGCGGUCUCACGGAAAUAUAUGUAGGGGAAUAUAACCACAACCCAUGCAUGGAGGCCCUAAUUGCGCGAUGCGGUAGCGAUUGAACGCGGCGCUCUUUCCUCCCUUGUAACGUUGAGCAAGCGAGGACGAACGGGUGUGUGCUUCCGUGUGAGGUGUGCGUAGGCAGUAAAAGAAACUUGGUGCUGAUCUUGCGCGUGUUCCUAGCUCCUGCGGAAUUUUCAGUUCUAUCUCUUGGUGCGAAAUGUGUCAAGCUUUAUACACACAACAGCCGGCGCGGCACGGGACGAAAAGUGACCGGGAUGGAAUGGCUCCUGCAACAUCGGUGGUGGUGGGAUCAACACGGCACAAAUGAGAAAAAAUAGGGGUGCUCGGAGAGUGUGUGCCCGUAGCGUUGCAGGAUUUUCUCUCCUGCGGUACUGCACGAUUGCGUGAGGUGUGCUUUACUAUCGUUGUAGCUGCUGCUAAUGAGGAGACUCUGCGUUACCAACGUGGUGAAGGACGGGAUAUUGCUUUAACUAGGCGGGACGGGCAGAGAUCAUGUUGAGACUACCUUAGUCCAACUUUGGUCAAGAGGUGGUUGGUUUUCGGGAGGAAGGGGCGUACGACAAUGUUUCAUGACGUCAUUGCGGUUGGACCGGGGGGUAUUGGGGGUCAAGCUAACAGCAGAUCAAAUGGCCACGAUAAGGAGCGUUACGGAUUGGACAGAAGGGUUGUGUCGUAAGUAUCAGGUUAGUAAGUUGUAGGGUUAAACUCGUUGCGUUGUGGAAUAGACGUAUGUGAAACCACGAGCAGACAUGCGUUUCAAUAGGUUUGCAUGGGCCUCUCACCUCUCUCGGGGAUGCCGGAAAUUUUGUUGAACAUCACGGCUGCAGCCUUGUUUUUUGCAGGAUAUCGGUUUGAUGUAGGCAUAUACUACAAGCGG